CCAACCUGCGCCUAAUACUCUCCGGAAUUAGAUUCCCAAUCGGGUGUUCGUGAAAUGAGCGAAGACGCGGUGCAAAAUGAUGAAAAGCCGUCUCUCCAGAACGCCGGCGCAAAUCUCGAACCACAGCCCAACGAAGAUACCUUCGACGAACCGUCCUCUUCAAAGCCUGAUGAUGUUUGUGAAUAUUAUGAAAAUGCCCUUGGGACCCAAACCCCUCCCUCAGAACCAGUCAUGUAUCGGCACAGACCAACCUCCAAACGAACUCAGGACAUCUCUCAUUUACUGGCGAGUAUUUUCAAGGGCUACUACACUGGAGAUGUGAUAGGGAGAGACAUUGUGGAUUACCUUGUGACGUCACAGGGCGGAGAUGAUGACUUCCACGAGAAAUAUGUCCAAAAACUGGAAAAGCUUCGUAAAGAGUACAACGAGAAAAUCGAAAACGUCGACAUGAUUGAAAAACAUAUCAUUGAGGCCCGAGCCCGAGCCAUAGCCGCUGAGGAAAAGGCACUCAACAGAGAACAGGAGGAAAUGGGAGAGUUACAUGACCUUCUGGGCUUGCCACCAGUGAAAUCCGUCUUCAGGGCCUGUUUGAACUGUGAAAUGCUCAGGAAAAACAAUUUAAUCACACCCGAUGGUUAUAACCCAGAACCCCCUGUGCUCCCCGGCAUUAUUGAAGGAUUAAUUUCACCCACGGAGGAACCAAGCAGAAACCUCAGAAGCAUCACCUUCGCUGACUCCGUGGCUGAGGUCCACAAGACAGUUCAGAAGACAGAAACCAGAGAAUCAUCAGAAGCCCCCAAACUUCAGCAAAAAAAGAGCUCUGAUGCAACUAAAGUAUUGGAAAAGCCCAGCAUUAAGCAGGAUAAGAGGGUGACUAAAAAGAACUUGUGGAGGGGCCAGAUGUCCUCAAGCGAGCGAGUUGAGGUACGGUUGAAUUUGAAAAGAUUGGAAGAAAGGCAUAACUUCCUGAAGAACCCACGCUUUCUAUCCCUUCAACACCCAAACGGGGGCAAAUCACUCAUCAUUCCGCAGCAGAAGGUGCCGAAGCAACUGCCGGAAAGAAAGAUCUUUGUCCACAAAACUAUCUCCACGGAAUCCGUGCCUGUUUUCCUGGCGAAUCCACCAAUUAUUUCCUUUACAGACUACAAAGUGGGACAGAUCUAUGAGACAAAUGUUGAGCUGCAGAACCUAACCUCCAACAGUCGCCAUGUCCGGGUCAUCCCGCCCAGCACGCCAUUCUUUUCCAUGGGACUCGGAAAAUUUCCAGGAGUGGGUGGAAUUGUUGCUCCAGGGAUGACAUGCCAAUACACAAUACGCUUUGCUCCGGAUUCUUCAGCCAACUACGAGGAUUUAUUAAUCGUAGAGACGCAGUCCCACUUCCCUCUCGUGGUCCCCAUUGAAGCUAAAAGACUUCCUCCCAUACUAACAUUGCCCAGGACUUUGGACUGUGGCCAUUGUUUGGUUGGCGGAAUGAAGAUAUCCCAGUUCCUGUGUAAGAACAAAGGGUUUAAUUCUGGCCGCUUCUGUAUGAUGCUCAAGAAAAUGUGGCCAACUACUAACUUCAGGAGCGUGGCAGCCUCUGGCUUUCUGGAAGCACCUCCUUUCGCGAUCAGACCUGCUGUGUUCGAGCUACAUCCAGGCCAGGGCAUAAUACUGGAGGUCAUCUUUUUUCCGGCCUGUUGUGAAACCGUCUCCCAAAUCAUUACCAUGGUGUGUGACAACUGCCAGGUCAAAGACUUUGAAAUCACAGGUACCGGCCAGCUGGUGGCUCUGGAUUUUGUCUCGGUGACUGGGGGAGAAAGCCCGGCUGCCCCGGGGGAAUGCACGGACAUGACGGCAGAACACUUUGUGCGAUUUGACACGAUCAAUCCUCAAACUUGCUCCCAGAAGGAGAUCAUCAUCCGUAACGCCACGUACGUGGAGCUUCCCUAUUGCUGGCAACUAAUGAAGCCGAAUUUGCAGCCUGUUAUUCCCGGAGAGCCCAGCAAGGAAACCAACAUUGAGUACAUUCCAGAUGUGGAUUUGGCCUUUGACAUCUGCCCUGAUUCCGGAGUUCUGCAACCUCUCCAGGAACAUCAUUUCGUCCUCAGUUAUUUUCCUCACGAGCUGAAGGACUAUCACGGUGUGUUUUACUUGAUCCUGCGGGAUAUACCAGAGGUUUCCAAUAUAAGUCAACCUGGUCCCUGUGCGAGGACACUGACAGAAAGAGCUUUGAGAAUUGCUUCCACCGUGGUUAACAACGUCAUCGCGAUGGAGGUGGAGGUCAAAGGUUACACCGAGCCCUUCCACGUCAAGUUGGAGCCCUACGCUAUCUUAAUUCCUGGGGAGAACUACAUCCACACCACAUUGAAGAAACAUUUCAAGAUAAGGAAUAGCAGCCUAUCAGCCAUCAAGUACGAAUGGGACAGGGUCAAUGACUGUCAUAUAAUAGAAGUGGUGCCAUCUUUUGGAUCAAUAGAGCCUAACAACAGUCAUGACCUGCAGAUAUCCAUCACAGGAGGGAAACCUGAUAAAAUAACCCACAAUUUGAAGUGCACCAUCAAACACCAGAAAGAGCCAAUUUUUCUUCAUCUGGAGGCAACUGUUUUGGGCCCCCACCUCUGCAUUGACCUGCCCUCUCUGGAUUUUGGCCUGGUGAGACUGCGAACUGCUAUGAUCAGCAAAAUCCUGAUUAAGAAUCCGUGCCAGAUUUCAGCUCGGUGGCACUUGCAGGAAAGCACAGUGUGCCUGAGAGAACGCAACGAAGCGGUGUCACAGUUUACCUUUAAACCAUGCAGAGGGGAGCUGCUCCCGUUGGCCAGCUGUUGUGUCACGAUCCUGUUCAAACCCCAAAGAUGCCAAAGCCUGAAAACCGUCCUGCAGCUGAAUGUGGAGAAUGGCAGCACGAGCCACCUCUCGGUAAUGGCUGAGGUCCAGGAAAUGCACGUGUGUCUGAUGAAUUGCUCCCUCGCUUUCAAAGUGCUCUACGUCGGAAUCCCAGCUCAGGGAAUAGCAACGCUGUUUAACCAGACACAACUGCCAGUUAAAUUCCACUGGGGAAAGCUGAUUGGAAAACAAGCGUCCGAGUACUCGGCCACUGUCAUGCCAUCGAGUGGGCUACUGGGACCAAACAAGCAGAUGGAAGUGUGUGUGGAGUUCGUAGCGUUUAUCAUGGGUGAGGUGACGGACCUUGCACUCCUGUGCAAAGUGGAGAGAAUGAAAGAACCGCUAUUGCUUCAAAUGUCUGGCAAUCCAAUGGGUUUGAAAGUAACUUACAACGUGUUGAAUAAAGCUAAUCAAAACAGCGACAAUCUGGUUUUGAAUUUCAAAGAUGUUUUAGUGAACGAACCGGUAAAGCAACGGCUAGUGAUGACAAACGACACCGCCAUACCAGCAUCAUUCAGUAUAGUUGUGGAGCACUUCAGGCCUUGUUUCCAUCCCUCGAUAGGAACGGAGAGUCUCACUGCACGGGCCAUUCGCCCCAGAACCACCUUGCUGAAGAAAACAGUCAAUCUGACCAAGGGUCCCAGCAAGUCAAAGCGUCGAUUGGAAAGCGAACACUUGGAUAUGAUGCUGGCCCAUUCCAAAGGAGUAUCCUUUGAGGUCAAUCCGACAACAGGAACUCUGGGCCCUUUCCAGCGGCGGAUCAUCAAAGUCACGGCCUUUAACAACAUGUGGGGCAACUAUCACGACCGUCUCGUCUGCCAAGUCGGAAAUCUGGAUCCCGCGUACAUCAACAUCGAGCUGUCUAUUAAAGGUGUCCCACUCUAUUUCAAGAGGUUAGGAGCACAGAAAGACAUUGAGAAACAGCCACCCACAAUAAGGUUCGGGACUCACACCUUCGGAGGUGACAUGGUCUCUCUCCCCGUAGACAUCAUCAACACAACCCCCUUUGACAUCCGCUUAGACUGGGAGAUGUACAACCGUGGUUUACCUGACUUGCACUUGCUAGACUUGUUUGUUUCAUAUGGAGAGAAAUUCCCACUGAAGGACGUCGAAGGCAACGAAUUCAUUGCAAGAAAGCCCCCAGAGAUUAAGCCUGUGCACCAGGUGGACUGGAAUGCCAUUCCCAACAAUUCCAGUUCCAGCUCCUCUGCCCUACAGGAAGACGAACAUGAAGAUGAGGAGGAGGAGGUGGAGGAAGAGGAGGAGAAAGAGAAAACGUUUAUCGAGGAUCUCAUCUUGUUGACACUACGUCCUCAUGAGGGGGUGUUGUCGGACUACCCCUACGCCAUAACGCCAAGGCAGGUGGUGGUGCCUGCAAAAAGAUCCGCGGCUGUUAAUGUCUCUUUCACCCCACUCCAGCUCACUGACCUUAUUAUGGAAAAAGAGUGUGACAGCUUUGCCCAGGGCUUUAUGUCUUUGGACAGUGAGGAUGCACUGGAGAUCCCUGGGAAGGUGGAGCGGAUGGAUGGCUAUGACAUGCAGCCUUUACAUCUGAACUUACAUGCGUUUGUAAAGCCUGCGAUGUUGUUAUUGGAAAUUGACGACAAGGAUAUGGAGGAUGACAAGAAGCUGGUGUUUUACUCCGCUGCCAGCGAUUUAGUACCACACGGAAUGGACGGAGAGAUCAUGAAGGAACAUAUAAAGCUCAUCAGCAUGAAGUUGAUCAACAGCACCGAGAUCCCUCUGCACUUCAAACUGCUGGUGUGGCGGCCUUUCCGGGUCAUCAAAGUGGACCUCUUGAAUAAAUCCUCCAAGAACGACGCUUCUAAAACCCUAGUGCUCCUCGCACAGAACUACAUGCUGGUUACGGUGGGUUUCUGCACUGCUCUGGAUAUGCUGGAUCAGGAGUCACCAGAUGCGCAGAGGGUGGAGGUAGAGUUCAUCGAGUCUGCUAACAAAGACCGAUACCUGAAAUACACUCAAGAGCUGAUAAUUGAGUAUAGCAACAAGUCCUCACAGACGAUCCCUCUCUACGGUUAUGUGUCUGUGCCCGGCUUUGAGCUCUCCUGCGAUGACAUUGACUUCGGCAUCUGCCUGGUAGGGCAGACCAGAAUCAAGGAGGUCUUCCUCAUCAAUAACACCGCGUCCAAGAGCUUCUGGACAGCAAGCUUCGAUAAGUCCAAAUACUACAGUGAUCGGGAUGCGUUUGAGUUGUCGCCCCGCAGCGGGAUGAUAAACCCCCGGGUCAACUCACUGAUCAGCACAAGAUCCGUGCUUCAGAUCAACUUCACCGCCAAAGACAGUCAGGAGUACAGCAUAAAUGUCCUCGUGCGAGGCCUAUUGGGGGAGAACCCACACACCCUGUCAGUCAGCGGCAGCGGCUCGUAUGACGGAAGAUACGAGGCCUUCUGUACCCCGUGACUCCCGGAGCCGGGAGCUCACACGGCAAUCAAUCGAGCGCGACAAUAUCCAGAACAAUAGUUAAGAGAGUCGAGGUUUCAGAGCCACUGCAGCUACACAGAUAUCAGACUGGGGAAUAAAGUUUUGAAACGUUA